CUCGAUUGGCGCAAUCUUGUAUUCUAUCAUUCUUGAUCAUAUCAGGGGGAAAUUUAUCUAUUUAUUUCCAAUCUAAUGCCGUUUGCUAGUUUUAAAUCUGUUCGUGAAGUAAGCAGUGAAGACUGCAAAUAUCCUGCUGAAAAUUUACUUAAACAAACAGGAAGAAAAUGGAAAACUCAAUCGGUAGGUGAAAGGGUUGCCUAUGUCGUACUCGAACUAAGCGAGCCACGUAUAUUUACGGGGAUUGAUAUUGGAAAUGAGCACUCUGCAUUUAUAGAAGUUUUAGUAAGCAAAUCAAGUUGCAACUCGAAAGAUUUUACUGAAAUUUUGGUGACGUGUUCUUUUAUGACACCUAUAGAGAGCAAAAACUCGACCAACGCUAAUCGAGUUCGUUGUUUUAAUAAGGAUGCAUUAGUACCAAGUGCCACAUCCGAAAAGUGGCAAUUCAUUAAAUUAAUUUGCACCCAACCCUUUAACAAACAUAUACAGUAUGGAAUUUCAUUUGUUAAAAUACAUGUUACGGAAACCGAUAUUGGUACAAGUAUAACUCAAUAUAGGGAAGCUCCUGAGAAAAAUAUAGAUACAAAACCCUCAACCACUCUGAACACAUCCCAAUUGGGACCAUUUAAAUUGCGUGAGGAAUCUCCAAAGUCAGAUUCAGAGAGUUCGACAUCACUAUUUCAACGUUGGAAAGCAUCUGAGUUGGGUGGCAGUAAACAAACUGUACAAAAGAGAAAAGGCCCAUCAAAAGUAUCAAUUUCCUCACGGCAUGUAGAUGCACAAUUUGAGAGCGAAACCUUAAAGAAAAUACAAUUUGAAAAGAACAAGUGUCCAAACAAUAAAGAGUCUAUUAAAAAAAAUAAAUCUCCACAAUGCUUGGAUCGUAAUCGUCAAGAGAUAGCCUUUGGCACUGAAGAAAACAUUGACGAUGAAAAAAUUCUAAAGAAAAGGCAAAGAUUGUCCGAAAACAUCGAGCUGGAACGCGAAAAACUUCGAUCAAAAGAUAAACCAAAAAUUUACAAAGAAAAUCACCUGGUUUUGAAUACUGAACAAGCAGAUAAUAACAAAAAUACACUAAUAGAGAUUAAAAAGAUUAAAGACACAAAAUCACAAAGUGUUGAAUGCGUCAAAAAUGAGAUCCGGAAACCGCAGUUAUUUCGUUCGUUUAAUCAGCUAUUAAAAGGAACCAUUGUGGUAAUCAGUGGAAUACAAAAUCCGGAACGCUCAAGCCUUCGGGAUAAGGCUUUAGCAAUGGGCGCCAAAUAUAGGACUGAUUGGGGGGCUGGUUGUACGCAUUUAAUAUGUGCAUUCAAAAAUACACCAAAAUAUAACCAUGUCAAGGGAAAAGGUAAAAUCGUCACUCGCAAUUGGGUGGAAGACUGCUACAGACAGAAAAAAAAUAUUCCAUGGCGGAGAUAUGCUCUGGAUAGUGCCGAACUUCAUCAACCUGAAAGUGAGGGGGAAAUACUAGACGAGUCACUAAGACCCGUGGAAUUAACUGUCGGCGAAGAUAACUACAAAGAAAAUGGAUUAGACACGAGCUAUCCUUGUCAUUCUGCUAGUUCCAGGAUGAUAAAUAUCUCCUUGCUUUCAUCAGGAAGUGACACAGAUGAUGAAAUUCGUCGCGUUGUAGAAAAUAAUUCCUCGGACAAGGCUAAAACCAAAAAAACAAAUAGUUCACAUAAUCCAAAAAGGGACGUAUUUGACCUGUCCACUGAAGAAGAAGAAUUUUUGGCAAAGAAGUUAAAAGUGGGGGCAGAUUUGAAAGACAAAAGGGUUUUUAAAAGAUUGGUAUUUUUUAUUUGCGAAGACAUAACACCAGCGGAAAGGAAGAGGGUUGAGCAUUUAAUUAAAGUAAAUGAAGGUCUAAUCACACUCGAGGAGACGGAAGCUCAUUAUUUGAUAUCAACGCGGAUGGCAAGCGACUCAAAUGCUUUAUUAGAUAAAAAAAUUGUAAAGCCCGACUGGAUUUAUGAAUGCAGUGACAUGGAAAUUAUUAUUCCUAUUAAUAAAUAUCUUUGUUAAAAAACUUAAUAAUAAAAGAUUGGGAAAGUUUCGACGUAGAAUACGUUGUGGAAUACGUCUCA